AUGGCGGACUUUGUGAAGCUGUCCAUUUUCGGGACUGUCUUUGAGGUCACUACGCGGUAUGAGAGCCUGCAGCCUGUGGGCAUGGGCGCCUUUGGUCUGGUGUGCAGCGGGCACGACAAGCUGACGGACACGUCCGUGGCGAUCAAGAAGGUCAUGAAGCCGUUCAGCACGCCGGUGCUGGCGAAGCGCACGUACCGUGAGCUGAAGCUGCUCAAGCAUAUCCGACACGAGAAUAUUAUUAGCCUGAGCGACAUCUUCAUCUCGCCGCUCGAGGACCUGUACUUUGUCACGGAGCUGCUCGGCACGGACCUGCACCGCCUGCUCACGAGCCGCCCGCUGGAGAAGCAGUUUGUACAGUACUUUUUGUACCAGAUCCUGCGCGGCCUCAAGUACGUGCACUCGGCGGGCGUCGUGCACCGCGACCUGAAGCCGAGCAACAUCCUCAUCAACGAGAACUGCGACCUGAAGAUCUGCGACUUUGGCCUCGCGCGCGUGCAGGACCCGCAGAUGACCGGCUACGUGUCGACGCGGUACUACCGCGCGCCGGAGAUCAUGCUCACCUGGCAGAAGUACGACGUCGCGGUCGACGUGUGGAGCGCCGGGUGCAUCUUCUCCGAGAUGCUCGAGGGCCAGCCGCUCUUCCCCGGCAAGGACCACGUGAACCAGUUCUCCAUCAUCACCGAGCUGCUCGGCACGCCGCCAGACGAGGUCAUCCAGACGAUCUGCAGCGAGAACACGCUGCGCUUUGUGCAGUCGCUUCCGAAGCGCGAGCGCAUACCCUUCCGCGAGCGGUUCCCGAACACGGACCCCGAGGCACUCGACCUGCUCGACAAGAUGCUCGUGUUCGACGUCAACACGCGCAUCACCGCAGGCGACGCCCUCGCGCACCCCUACCUCGCGCCGUACCACAACCCCGCCGACGAGCCCGUCGCCGACGAGCCGUUCGACUGGAGCUUCAACGAUGCCGACCUCCCGAUCGACACGUGGAAGGUCAUGAUGUACUCCGAGAUCCUCGACUUCCACAACAUCGAGCAGAGCCCCGUCGACGCGCACCCCGCCCUGGACGCCCCGGCGCCCGCCGCGCCGUCCGCCCCGUAG